GCCGUCUCCUCCAGCCGCCGCAAGGCCCGCAAGGCGCACUUCAGCGCCCCCUCCAGCGUUCGUCGCAACAUCAUGAGCGCUCCCCUUUCCAAGGAGCUCCGUGAGAAGUACAACGUCCGCUCCAUCCCCAUCCGCAAGGACGACGAGGUCACCAUUGUCCGCGGCUCCAACAAGGACAAGGAGGGCAAGGUCACUUCCGUCUACCGCCUCAAGUACGUCAUCCACGUCGAGCGCGUCACCCGCGACAAGGCCACCGGUGCCUCUGUCCCCGUCGGCAUCCACCCCUCCAACGUCGUCAUCACCAAGCUCAAGCUUGACAAGGACCGUGAGGCCAUCCUUGAGCGCAUCAAGCGCGGCCGUGAGCUCGCCAAGCCCACCAAGGUCUCCGCCUAA